AUGGAAAGUUCCAUGAAUACCUCCACUGAGAACUUAAUUGACAAUGAAUGGACACCAACGACGUCAAAUAUUCUGGCGGAGCAUCAGCAGGAAAUCGAAAAUGCACCAGAAUCCACGACGUGCGUGGAGGUGGAGAGGACGAUGUUGGGAUUCAGCUCGUUUUUGAUUGGAAUCAAAUCGGUCAAUCUGAUUGUCUAUCUGGUUUUGCUCAUUGUUUCGGUAAUCCUUCUCGACAACUCAUUUUUCUACACAAUACUUGCGUUUGGAUGUGCAGAACUCGUGCUGAUCAUUAUUACAGUAUACCAUGGGAUCCGGUCAACGCUGAAAGUGGUAUUCGCAAUGCUUGGCUUUGAGAUGGCUCUAUCCCUGGUCAAGCUCGUUUUCGCCAUUGUUCUGAUGGCCAAGGAUGGUGGACAGGAUUGCUCAGCAGACCAUCCAUGCGCAAUUCUGACAAUUUCCGAAAAAGAGCGAUUCGGACUAUUCUUCUUUAUUCUAUUCACCGCCUUUUGUGAUGGACUAACCGCUCUAUUGACAAUUGCCAACUCUCCGCAAAUGCACCAAUUCGAGCUGGGUGAUGAGUACCUCUUCUAG